UGCAAGUACAUAUUCAACAUGGAUGUCAUGUUAGUAGCGCUGGAAGAUUCUAAUCUGCAAGAAAUAGAAGAAGUAGAUGUUGAUGAUAAUUGGAAAUUAGUCAAAAGUGAUGUAUUAACAUUUAUUAUAAAUGGGGAGAAAAAAACUGUGCCUACAAUUAAUCUCACACCGGAAAUGACUUUGAAUGAGUACCUGAGAGAUACAUUACAUCUCACAGGCACAAAAUACAUGUGUUUUGAAGGCGGAUGUGGAGCGUGUGUAGUUGCGGCCACUAUUCGCAAUCCUAGGACAAACGUAAAAGAAACUCAUGCUGUUAAUUCAUGUUUGGUAGCUUUGUUAUCCUGUCAAAAUUGGGAAAUCACUACAGUUGAACAUCUAGGCAACCAAUAUGAUGGCCUGCAUGACAUUCAACAGAAAAUUGUGACAUUUAAUGGCACCCAGUGCGGCUUUUGCACCCCGGGCAUGGUUAUGAAUAUGUAUGCUCUUCAAGAAGCCGACAAAACUAAAAUGGCAGAGAUUGAGAAUUCAUUUGGUGGUAAUAUGUGCAGAUGCACUGGAUACCGUUCUAUUUUGACAGCUUUCAAAUCAAUGGCGCCCGAUGCUAAUCCCGCUGUCUUAGGAAUCAUACCGGAUAUUGAAGAAUUGAGGUUAUGCUCAAAAAGAAACAAAGAAAACUGUCAAAAUGAUUGUCAACAUAACUGUGAGGUUAAACUACCGUUAGAAAUGAAUUUAAGAGGUGACAACUUGGAAGAUUUGAAAGAUGCUCAAAACUGGUAUAAAGUACAAACAACCAGAGAUAUUUUCAAUUUGUUUAGGAGAAAUCGUGGAAAAACUUAUCAAUUGGUUGCUGGGAAUACCGCUAGAGGAAUUUACAAGGAAAUAUCACAAAAAGAUUAUUACAUUGACAUAACUGACGUAAAAGAACUAAAAAACUAUCAAUUGAACACUAAAAAUUUAAAACUAGGUGGGGGGAUGUCCCUGAGUGAGGUUAUGAUUGUUUUAAAAGACGUGGCAGGGCGUGAUGAUGAUUUUAAAUAUUUACAAAAAUUUGUUGAGCAUUUAGAUUUAGUUGCUCAUAUUCCCGUUAGAAAUGUUGGGACACUUGCUGGAAAUUUAUCCAUUAAACACGCAUAUAAUGAAUUUGCAUCGGAUGUUUUUCUAUUACUGGAAGUCGUUGGAGCUAAAAUAAUCGUAGAUAAUGGCGGAUUAUUUAAGAAAUCUCUACUUCCACGUGAUUAUCUUAAUUAUAACAUGAAUCAAAAAAUCAUCCUCAGUGUCGAGCUACCUCCAAUUGACGAUAGUUAUAAAUUAGAAACAUACAAAAUAAUGCCACGUGCACAAAACGCUCACGCUUACCUAAACGCUGGUUUUCUUGUAAAGAUGAACAAAAAGAAUGUUGUUAGCUCCGCCACGUUUGUUUAUGGUGGAGUAGCUCCUAAUUUCAUCCAUGCAAAAAAUUCCGAAGCAUUUAUCAAAGGCAAACAGCUUUUUGACAAUGGUAACAUGCAGAAACUCUUUGGUAAACUAUAUUCCGAGGUGCAUCCAGAGGAUAAAUCACCAGAUCCACCACCAGAGUUUAGAAGACGACUUGCUGUGUCUCUAAUGUAUAAAUUUAUACUUAGUAUUACACCGGAGAGCGCGGUGUCCAAAGCUAAUAAAAGCGGAGGUAGUAAAUUGAAAAGACCGGAUGUUUCAACCGGCGUGCAGGAUUACAAAACAAAUAAGUCUAUGUAUCCGAUUGGGGAAGCAGUUACAAAGUUAGAAGCACCUAUUCAAGCCACUGGCGAAGCGGAAUAUAUUACAGACAUGCCCGAUUUGCAUAAUCAGUGUUACGCUGCGUUUGUCACGGGGAAAGCUGCAGCUGGGUCCAUUUUAAGAAGCAUUGACGCUACUGAAGUAUUGAAAAUGGAAGGCGUUGAAGGAUUCUUCCAAGCAUCAGACAUUGAUGAUGUAGGCGGUGUAAAUUCAUUCCUUUCCCCAAAUCCAAUUUUCUACCGUGAAGAUGAGGAAAUUUUCCUUCCAAUUGGUCAACCUAUAAAAUUCUACUACGAACCUGUUGGUGUUGUUGUGGCUAACUCUAGAAGAUUAGCCCAACAAGCUGCUGGGAUGAUUAAAGUUACCUUUGAACCCUCUGCGCAUUCUCCAAUUCUUACAACAAAAGAAGCAAUGGAGGAAAAAUCAAAGGAGCGUAUUCAUCAUCUUGAAACCCGUGUGGCAAAGAAGCAAAACCAUAAUGUCCCUCACAAAAUAAAAGGUGUUUUUGAAACAGAUUGGAAGUACCAUUAUCACAUGGAAUUGCAAGUCGUCAAUGUUAUUCCAGGAGACAAUGGAUACUUUGACAUUUAUCCAUCCACUCAAUGGAUGGAUAAUGUACAGUAUUCUAUUCAAAGGGCGUUGAAUAUUCCCGCGCAUAAACUUCGCAUUGCUGUUAAACGCCUCGGAGGCAGUUUUGGCGCCAAAAUAACACGAAACAAUUGGACAUCUGUUGCUGCAACACUAGCAGCGAUGAAACUAAACAAACCAGUUAAAUUUAUGAUUCCUUUGGUUGAUAACAUGAAUGUAAUGGGAAAGAGGAACUGUUAUAGGAGUGAAUAUGAAGUUGGUGUUGAUAAAGAUGGCGUCAUAGGGUUCCUAGACAAUAACUUGUAUAAUAACAUUGGAGCAUAUCAAAACGCCAUGUUGGAAGGAUUUGUUUUAGAACUGUAUGAAGGCACAUAUAGAACAGACGCCUUUCAGACUGAUACAUUCUGGGUAAGGACGGAUAAUCCAGCGGCGACUAUGAUGCGUGCACCUGGGAGUUUUGAAGGAUGUGCGAUAAUUGAAAAUAUUCUUGAGCAUAUCGCUUAUAAAAUUGAUAAGGACCCAAUUGAUGUUAGAAUGGCCAAUUUAAACACCGAAGCUAAUCCUUUAUUGAAAAAAUUGAUUGAUGAUUGCUUAGAAUGGUCGGAAUACCGGAAAAGAAGAGCUGAUAUUGAAACAUUUAAUAAGGAGAAUCGAUGGAGGAAGAAAGGAAUUGCAAUUGUUCCAAUGACUUUCGGAAUGCUGUUCGUUGCACCGUACAACGUACAAGUUAGUAUUUUUCAUGCGGAUGGCACCAUAGCAAUAUCACAUUGUGGAGUUGAAAUGGGUCAAGGUAUUAACACCAAGACUGCACAAGCAGCUGCUUACCUAUUCAAAGUAGAUAUCUCCAUGAUUGAAAUAUGGCCGACCAAUAACUUUGUAUCUCCCAACUGUUUUGCAACUGGUGGUGCUGUAACAACCGAAAGUGUACUAAUCGCACUCAAUUCAGCCUCCGAGAAACUUCUUUCUAGAAUAAACGAAGCAGCUACAUCUGCUAAACUUCCCUCGGAUGCUUCUUGGUUGGAUCGUGUACGUAAUGCAUUUGAUAACGGUGUUUCCCUCACUGAAAAUCAACACUUUUCUAAUGAUCCAAAUGAUCCUACAACGUUUAAAGUAUACGGGGUGUGCGUGAGUGAAGUGGAAGUUGAUAUUCUAACAGGUGCGCAUAUUGUUCAAAGAGUUGACUUGUUGGAAGAUGCAGGUAAUCCUUUGAAUCCUGCGAUUGAUAUUGGGCAGUGUGAGGGCGCUUUUGUAAUGGGAAUGGGUAAUUGGACCAUUGAGGAUAUUGUUUUGAAUGAGGAAGGGGCAUUAACGACUAAUUCAACAUGGUGGUAUAAAAUUCCAGGAGCGAAGGAUAUUCCGGUGGAUUUCAGGGUUAAACUUCCUGAUGGGGUGCCGAAUCCCGUUACGCCGUUUAGAAAUAAAGCAACAAGUGAGCCACCGAUUUGUCUGUCGUUUGCUGUCCCCCUGGCGAUAAAACAUGCUUUGAAGUCAGCUCGGGUUCAAUCGGACGCAAAAGCUGAUCCAUGGGCAGUAAUGGAAGGACCUACUACAAUUCAGUGGAUAUUUGACAAUGCGCUACCAGAUUAUAAACAAUAUAAACUUUAAAAUAAUUAAUAUAAAAAAAAAGCAACUAAAUGGUGAAAUGAUUUUAAAUUUUAUUUUAAACAAUUUCAAAAUACUGUCUACAAUAUAACUUCAUGUGGAUAAUAAAUACUAUAUGCUUAUCUACAACAA